AAUAUUGGUUUUCAAAUGUGUCCACAGAUCAAGGCUAAAAACUAUGACAAGGUUGAAAAGUUAUUUCAGAGGUGCUUAAUGAAGGUUCUGCACAUUGACCUGUGGAAGUGCUACCUCUCAUAUGUACGGGAAACCAAAGGAAAACUGCCCAGCUAUAAGGAAAAGAUGGCACAGGCUUAUGAUUUUGCUUUGGAUAAGAUUGGGAUGGAGAUUAUGUCCUAUCAGAUUUGGGUGGAUUACAUCAAUUUCCUCAAGGGAGUAGAGGCCGUGGGGUCAUACGCUGAGAACCAGCGCAUCACAGCCGUCAGACGCGUGUAUCAGAGAGGCUGCGUCAACCCCAUGAUUAACAUUGAGCAGCUCUGGAGGGACUACAGCAAGUAUGAAGAGGGCAUAAAUGUGCAUUUGGCCAAAAAGAUGAUUGAAGACCGGAGUAGAGACUACAUGAACGCCAGGAGAGUCGCCAAGGAGUAUGAGACGGUGAUGAAGGGUUUGGACCGGAACGCCCCCUCAGUGCCGCCCCAGAACUCCCCACAGGAGGCCCAGCAGGUGGAGAUGUGGAAGAAAUACAUCCAAUGGGAGAAGAGCAACCCACUGCGUACCGAAGAUCAGACCCUCAUCACCAAGAGAGUGAUGUUUGCCUAUGAGCAGUGCCUUUUGGUACUCGGCCAUCACCCUGACAUCUGGUACGAAGCUGCCCAGUACCUGGAACAGUCCAGCAAACUGCUGGCAGAAAAAGGGGACAUGAACAACGCCAAGCUGUUCAGUGAUGAGGCGGCUAACAUCUACGAGCGUGCCAUAGGAACUCUGCUCAAGAAGAACAUGCUACUGUAUUUCUCUUUUGCAGACUAUGAAGAGAGUCGCAUGAAGCACGAGAAGGUUCAUAGUAUAUACAACCGCCUCCUGGCCAUAGAACAUAUCGACCCUACUUUGGUCUAUAUCCAGUACAUGAAAUUUGCCAGAAGAGCUGAAGGCAUCAAGUCUGGUCGCACCAUCUUUAAGAAGGCCAGAGAGGAUGCUCGCACACGCCAUCAUGUGUACGCCACUGCUGCUCUUAUGGAAUAUUACUGCAGCAAGGACAAAUCUGUGGCCUUUAAGAUAUUUGAGCUUGGACUGAAGAAAUACGGUGACAUUCCUGAAUACAUUUUGGCGUACAUCGAUUACCUCUCUCACUUAAACGAGGACAACAACACCAGAGUCCUGUUUGAGAGAGUCCUGACGUCCGGCAGUCUUUCCCCUGACAAAUCUGGGGAAAUCUGGGCGCGCUUCUUGGCCUUUGAGAGCAACAUCGGGGACUUGGCCAGUAUCCUGAAGGUGGAGCGAAGGCGUUUCAUGGCCUUUAAAGACGAGUAUGAGGGAAAGGAGACGGCUCUGCUGGUGGACAGAUACAAGUUCAUGGAUUUGUAUCCUUGCUCCCCCAGCGAGCUCAAAGCCCUCGGCUACAAGGACGUGUCUCGUGCCAAAUACGCAUCACUGAUGCCAGAGGCGGUGGUCACUCCUUCUACCCCUUCGCUGAAAGACGAGGCCGACCGCAAACCUGAGUAUCCCAAACCUGACACCAGCCAGAUGAUCCCUUUCCAGCCACGUCAUCUGGCACGUGAGUAUAAACACCUCGCAUGCAUUUAACAUUCAACUCCGAGAUGCAUCGUUUGAGGAUCUCUGGU